AUGACCCUGGUGAGGAGGACGGGCCUGCAGACGAGCUUCCCGGAUACGGGUUCUGACAGUUUAGCUUUCCAUGCGGCUGGCGAUCAGAAGGAUUCGCUCGCCCCCGCCUCCGUUCAGCCCAAAUACUCCUUCGCCCCCAGCGCCGCUAUCAACAAGAUGGCGCGGCCGUUCACGCCGGGCGGCGGUAACACGGUCAUUAAACCAGUGGCGUACGCCCCUAAAGUUAACACCCCGGCCUCAGCGGCCCCCGCCAGCAUGCUACGGCCACACAACGGCAUCAAGGCCUCUCUGUCACCUGCUAAGGCUCAGACCCAGACAGCAGACAAACCUGAUGCCUCUAAGACUCCAGCUCCAGUCAAGGCUGGUCCUCUGGUACGUCCUCCGUGGGUGACCGACCCAGGGUUCGCUGACCGUUACGCCCCAGACAAGACCAGUACGGUUCUGACCCAGCACAGACAGCCGGCCCAGCCUACGCCCAUGCAGAAUCGCUCCUCUAUCCUACAGGCAGCUCAGCAGGCACCCGAGGACAGCGGAAGGACCCCUCUGUGUGGAGCCUGCAACAAGAUCAUUAGGGGCCGGUACCUGGUGGCGCUGGGUAAGUCCUGGCACCCAGAAGAGUUCCAGUGUUCCCAGUGUAAGGUGUUGUUGGAUGAGGGAGGAUUCUUUGAGGAGAGGGGCUCAGUCUUCUGCACCAAGUGUUAUGAUAACCGAUACGCUCCCAACUGUGCCAAAUGCAAGAAGAUUAUCAUAGGGGAUAUCAUGCAUGCUCUGAAGAUGACCUACCAUGUGCAGUGUUUCAUGUGUGCUGCCUGUAAGAGCCCCAUCAGGAACCAGGCCUUCUAUAUGGAGGAGGGAGAACCUUACUGUGAGAAAGAUUAUGAGAAGAUGUUUGGUACAAAGUGUCAUGGCUGUGACUUUAAGAUCGAUGCUGGGGACCGCUUCCUAGAGGCCUUGGGAUACAGCUGGCACGACACCUGCUUCGUCUGCGCUUUCUGCCAGAUCAACCUGGAAGGAAAGACGUUCUACUCUAAGAAGGAUAAGCCGCUGUGUAAAGGUCAUGCCUUCGCUCCCGUCUGAGAGGGAGGGGGAGGUGGUUCAGAGGGGACAGGAAGCCCUCACCAUUCUCUGAACCCUGAAGACCUGUACGGUGGCAGUUACUCUCCACUGUCCACUGCAAACCAGACAGCAUCAGAUCCUCACUAUCGCUCAGCUACAGUUCAACUGUUCCUCAUCCUUCAACCUCUAAUCCCUGGACUUUCUAAAGGCCUCCUGUACUGGCUAAGAGCUAAAGGAAUGUAAUGUCAACCUUGACUGCCUAGUUUCUCUACUGCUGUUACUCAUAGCAGGUUACUCUAGUAUCAUAUGUAAUGGUAUAACGAAGUAAGACAUUUUUUAGUAUCGUGUGUAGUGUUAUUACAAACGGAGCCAUUUCAAAGCCUUCGCUUCUCUAUCUCGUGUAUAUUGUCAGUGAAUAUAUUCGUCAUUCUCCCUCUGUGAUUGUGAUGCUUAACCACAUGUUGUUCACAAGGCAUCCUUUACUCCAGUGUGUGAAGUCGACUGUGUUUGGGCCUAUUAGUCCGGUAAAAUAUCACUCUUUAGACCCUUCUAAUCUCAACCUCGUUUCACUUUCAAGUGCCUUUUUUGAAGUUGAACCAACCAUUUAGUGUGUCAUUUUCUAAGAUGUUACAUUUAACUAUCCCUGCACCACCGUCUUCAUUUAAAGUACCCUCCUAGUCUCUGGUCUGUUCGGCACCCCUUUUUUACUGCACUACUUAAGGUGAUUUUAUUGGGGACCCUUACUCCAGUACUUAAGGUAAUGUACGGGGCAACCUUACUCCAGUACUUAAGGUAAUGUACGGGGCAACCUUACUCCAGUACUUAAGGUAAUGUACGGGGCAACCUUACUGCAGUAAUUAAGGUAAUAGGAACUCAGUCAUGUGGAACUAGUUACUGUACUUACUGUAAUACACUCCCUGUUUGCGUUCCAAAUGGCGCACCCUAUUCCUUAUGUAGUGCACUAAUUUGUAUGGGCUCUGGUCAAAAAGUAGUGCACUAUAAAUGAAAUAGGGCUGUCCUUUGGGACACAACCCACAUUGCACUAGUCACUAUAAAAACUGUAGAACACUCCAUAUUGACCCCAGAGACCCAGAAUGCAUCACUUGACGUCAGCUAUGUUUUUGAAUUGGUUAAUGUAAAUCAGAAUAGUACAUCAUAAAAAUGGAGUAGCGUUUUGAAGCAACGUUUUAUCAAUGUUCGCUAUAUGGAAAUAAAGGAUGUUUACAGGGCUGGGGGUCAAAUCCAGUUUAAACCAUGGAAGUAAACUGUAGCUCUUGAAUGGAGAAUAAUCUCAUAGCCAAUUAUAUUCUAGAAAUGUUCUAAAUUCAGUUGGAAUCGACCCCAACUGUGUGAAGGGAUUUGUAGUCAUUUUGUUGUCCUGGGAUUUGUAGUCGUUGUGUUGUCCUGGGAUUUGUAGUCAAUGUGUUGUCCUGGGAUUUGUAGUCAUUUUGUUGUCCUGGGAUUUGUAGUCAAUGUGUUGUCCUGGGAUUUGUAGUCAUUUUGUUGUCCUGGGAUUUGUAGUCAUUGUGUUGUCCUGGGAUUUGUAGUCAUUGUGUUGUCCUGGGAUUUGUAGUCAUUCUACACAAGUGACUGUAUGUAUUGGACCAAAUACUGUAUGGUCUAGGGUUCUAUUCAAUCCGAAUCACGGAAGUUCAGCGUUGGAGCGUGAUUGAAAUUUAAAUGUUCCCGCGUUGGCGGAGACUGCAUUCCUGGUAAAUGAUGUCGGCUCAAUCCACAAAUUACAUUCAGAGCGCGCCAUCUGUAAAGCUUCAAACGACACGUUGAAUAGAGCUCAUGUCUCACAAGAGACCUGUAAGUACACUGAACAAAAAUAUAAAUAACACAUGCAACAAUUUUAAAGAUUUUGACUGAGUUACAGUUCAUAGAAGGAAAUCAGUCAAUUGAAAUUAAUUAAU